AGCACCUGCACCUGGGCCGCCUGCCCCCCAGGCCCGCCGUGCCCGGCGGGGGCGGCCAGUCCAGCUCCAAGAUGCGCAUGGGUUUCAUCCAUGCUGCUCCUGUGAUAACACUCCAAUAAUGGACAAAGAAGCAGUCUGGAGAGCAGUUACUUGCACACUGAUCAAAUUCUCAGUCCAAAGGCUCGGCGGGGACACUGUAGAAGUGGAAACGUAGACUCUGAAUUUGCUGGCUCUUGUGGAGUUAAUCCAAUUUGACUUCAGUAUAACUUUGUCCUGGAAGGAAACGAGACUUUUCCCCAGUCCCUUGGAGCCAGUACUUUGAAUCUAUGGAAGAUGUUGUGGUUGAAAACGAAAAUGGCAAGGAGACUUUUCGAAUUUAUAAAAGUGGAUCGGAGGGCCCUGUCUUACUUUUGUUGCAUGGCGGAGGCCAUUCUGCUCUCUCCUGGGCUGUGUUCAAUUCUGCGAUCAUUAACAGGAUUCAGUGUAGGACUGUGGCUUUAGAUCUCAGAAGUCAUGGUGAAACAAAAGUUAGGAAUCCUGAAGAUCUGUCUGCAGAAACUAUGUCAAAAGAUGUUGGAAACGUGGUUGAAGCUAUGUACGGGGACCUCCCACCUCCAAUCAUGCUGAUUGGGCACAGUAUGGGUGGGGCCAUUGCAGUGCACACAGCAGCAUCCAAUUUGGUACCCAGUUUAUUGGGUCUUUGCAUGAUUGAUGUCGUGGAAGGCACAGCCAUGGAUGCACUGAACAGCAUGCAGAAUUUCUUACGGAGUCGUCCCAAAACAUUCAAGUCAAUUGAGAAUGCAAUUGAGUGGAGUGUAAAAAGUGGACAGAUAAGAAAUCUUGAAUCGGCCAGAGUUUCUAUGGUUGGCCAAGUCAAACAGUGUGAAGAUGCUGCUAGUCCUGAGGUCCCUAAAGCUAUAGUGGAAGGGAUUAUUGAGGAGGAGGAGGAGGAGGAGGAAGAGGAAGAAGACUAUGAAGGAAGAGGAUCUCUUAACAAAAGGAAGAAAGAAGAUGAUACAGAGACAAAGAAAGAACAUCUGUAUACAUGGCGAAUCGAACUGUCGAAAACAGAAAAGUACUGGGAUGGGUGGUUCAGGGGCUUAUCUAACCUCUUCCUCAGUUGUUCUACUCCAAAGCUGCUGCUUUUAGCAGGUGUUGACAGGCUGGAUAAAGAUCUAACAAUUGGACAGAUGCAAGGAAAGUUCCAGAUGCAAGUCCUCCCUCAGUGUGGCCAUGCAGUCCACGAAGAUGCUCCAGACAAGGUAGCUGAAGCUGUUGCAACUUUCUUGAUCCGUCACCGGUUUACAGAACCAAUUGGUGGAUUUCAGUGUGUGUUUCCUGGUUGUUAAUAUCCUGAUGUUCUCCAGCACUGAGUUCCAUUGUAAAUAAACUGCACCAGAGGCCACUGUGAUGUAUCCAUAUCCUUCUCAUCUAUCUAGUUCAGCAACGACAAGAAAUUGGCAUGAGAUCAGUCCCAUAGAGCUGGUUUCUAGGCAUUUCCUUGCCGGAAGGCAGCUCAUAUCUGAGUCUUUGCGAAGCUCGUCGGUCUCUUGGACACGGGCUCCUCCCCGCUGCUGCAAGGAAAGACAACCUGAAACCCCGAGUUGUAGAACAUCUCUCGUAUCUCCAUAAAUCCUCAGGCUUUGUUGAACACAACCACUAAGGGGCUUUGGGCAGAUCGGAUUCCCCGAAGGGCAUUGCAGCAAAUCUGAAGGCGUCAGGAUUUCUUCGUGGAACUAUAUGGAAAAUGUCCCUCAACAAUUUUUUUUUUUUUUUAAAAGCAUGUGAGGAACUGGUUUCUUUGGGAGUCUUUCAUCUCACCAGGGCCGGCCGUAUAACUUUAGGGCCUCUGAAUUGUGGGGGAGAAAACCAACUGUGCUAUGAACUGCCUUCCCUUCUAGUUCCACUAGGGGUGGGACUGGGAAAAUGGGACCAUGAGCUCCUUUGUGGGGUCCUGCCGCUUCCUUGACAAGUUCACUCCCGGGGUCUCUCUGGAGAAUAGCCUCAGCACCACUCUAUGGCAGGCACUCAGUAGCCUGGGGAAGCCACAAUAUCAUCAGUAACAUCAUGAUCUGUCACAAACAGGCCGAUGGCCGUUCUCUGCUUGUGGAGGUUCUGCACCUCUUGUUCCCGCACACAAGUGAGUGGCGAUUGGCACCUCAGGCAGUGGUUUUUAGGAGGAAACUAAACAGACCAGGCAGUGGAUGGGAUGCUGAGCGAGCUAGCAGGAGAGAGACAGACAGACAUGGAGGAAAAUCCCACCAACCAUCUGACCCUGGCCCAAGCAGUUGCUUGCCAUGCGUGUGUGAGGCCCUGCUCAGUGUAUUGUGCGGGAAUCACUGUUCUGUAUUUGAUGUUUAGCACUGAUCAGCUACAGGCCUUUAUUCAUGCAGUAGCUCUGAGAGAGAGUUUCUUCAAGGCACAGGAUAGCCCUGGAUAAUUUGUUAGAUCCUUCUCACCUCCUAUGAAAUCCCCCACGAGAGCAAUAGAACACUUGCGCGUGGAGCUGUUUGCAACAAUAUCUUGAUGUUCUUGAACUAAUAAAAUUGCGGCUUUAUUCCUUAACCCUUUCAUGCUGAGUGGUGAAGUGACUCUGCUAGUUGAAGCAUAGCUCUGUUACUUGCCUGGUCUUGGAGAUGUAAUGGCUGUGGGCAUAUCCUAUGAUAGCCCUAGUAAAUCCUUGACAUUUGUGCUGUGCUGGUAGGGGAGGAGGGGAAAAUGGCACAAACAGCAGGUAGAGCCCAGUCACACAUAACGUUUACCCUGAGGGAGAAGUACUGUUCUCCUCUUCUGUGUCUUUCUCACACGCAUGAAGGGCUUGUCUAUACUACCUGCCCAGAUCGGUGGGCAGCAAUCAAUCCAGCGGGGGUUGAUUUAUCGCAUCUAGUCUAGAUGCGAUAAAUCGACCGCUGAGCGCUCUCGUCGAUUUGGUACUCCACCAGAACGAGAUGUGGAAGCAGAGUCGAUGGGAGAGCCUCAGCUGUCGACUUACCGCAGCAAAGACACGUUGAAGUACGUCGACUUCAGGUACGCUAUUCACGUAGCUGAAGUUGUGGAUCUUAGAGUGACCCUGCGCAGUAGUGUAGACAAGCCCUCAGUGCUGGACUCUUUAGCUGUGGCCUGGCUGCGUAUUCUCUCCUCCCCUCAGCCACCAGAGUCUGAAACACUAGAUUAGAAACGAGAAUUUGCAAUUCCAGGUGAGUUCUGCGUCCAUGUGCCACUUAGGCGACUGAUGAUGAGAUGCUAAAUAAGCAAUUUUUGGCUCCUUGUCUAGCCCUCUCUAUCAGUCACAACCUGGCAUUGCUUCACCAUGUGAUUCUGCUCACUGACCAGUAAGGACCCAGGACUAAGUCUCUUCCAGUUUGUCUGCUAAUUAGUUUCAUGGUUUCCAAUAAUUGAAAAGUUAGUUUAUAACUGGAAAACACAGCAAAAAAAGUCCCUUUCCCCCACUGCACAUCUUGCAGUCUUGCAAGAUUCUUGACCCUUUUCUGGUUACUCUGGUUCUCAAACUGUUUGUAGGGGCGGGCACCGAAGCAGUGGUAUGCAGCCUUAACCAAGGCCCUCAUUCAGCAAGCUACUUAACCGUGUGUUUAAUUUCAAGCAUGUGAAUAGUCUCCUUGGAGUCAAAUUCUGUCAUGUGCUUAAAUCUCUUGUGAGUUACUACAUUAGAUAACUCCCCAUGUUAACCUCUCGUGCUGUCCUCUUCCUUUCUAGAGAAGGGAACUGGUUUAUCAGAUAGCCCCACAAAGAGUAAAAUACCCUCUGUUUCAGCCUUUGCUAUCACACCACAAGGAUGGUGAGGGGCUACAUUUCCAUGCACUGUGCCAUUGGCUCCCUGGAAAUGUUUUUUGGUUGUUACACCUUGGCAGUUAUGACCUUGUUUUAUGAAAAAUAAAUAUUUCACAACCUCUUCUGGUGUGGCUAUGUUUUAUGCCAAGCUCUCCAAGUCCUGACUUGUAGCAGAGAAUGGAUGUUCUUUGCGGGGAUCCAACUAGCUUUAGGUUUGCGGAAAGAAGAUUCAAAGGGCGGGGGAGGAAUUGCUUAUGUGUAGGGGUGUUACGCUGACCACUUGGUUGGACGGCAUCAACCUUUGUGAGUCUAACACACCUGCAGCAUUUUCUUAGACAUUUUUAAUGACCCUAUAUAAACGGCAAACAUACGGGGGAGGAAGGGGACGUUAAUGAAAAGGGUACCAUUUCUGUAUUGCAUCCCUAACUAUUUAGAGCUGUCUCUUGCCUCUAUUCAGGUUGCAUUAAAUUAAGGAUCAAUGGAGCCUUUAACCCUGGAAAAUCUCAUGUCUUAGCUAACACAAGAUACAAUUUGUUUAUUUGGGAGUCUGGUUUGUGUAAGGUUGGGGUUUUUUAAAUCAGACUUAAUGCAGCAGCAGUCUUGCUAAACACCCAGGGUUAUCGGAACCAAAUAUAGGAGACUGCGUGACUUGAGGAUCACCAAAACAUCUGGUCAGGUUUGGGUUUUUAAAAAACAAAACCAGUCUGGUAUUACAGGAAUGUGCAGCCCUGCCUUGUUCCUGAGAAUAGAGCUGCAUGCUGCUCAUUUACAUAGACUUGUAUCUUAAUGGCAGUUACACUAGUCCAGUGUUUGGAAACGCUUGUCUAGAGGAGUGUGCACAGCUGAAAAUCAAAGGGCUGUCUCUUUACGUUAACCCGCUUGCUGACUGGGGCUGCUGUCUGGAGCUGGCUUUUCUUUUAAGGCUUCUCUCUUUGCCUUUUCCUCUCAACCUGGCCUUGUCAAACACACUUUCAAAACGGCAGUGGGCUGCAGAUUAGACCCAAGCCAACUAAAUAUUGUGUCCAUCCAUUGUAAAUGGAAGCACUAUUCUGAAUAAUAAAACCCCUCCAGUAAAAAUCCCAACCCUGCAGUGUGACAUUAAGGAUGUGGCAGUGUUGUGAGCUGUCAUUAGAAUGAGGCAUAGAAUCCCUGAAGCUAGUUGUGUUGAUCAGAAUACACCAGCAGGGGAAUAAGGAUAGCUCCGGGGUGGGAGCACAAAUCCUACUCAAUUGGCCAAUGGAGCCAGUGUUAGUAACUUUGUCACCACUCUCUGCUGACAGUGAAACCUUUGUGGUCUUGUACCGGUUCUUAGAAAACUAAUCUGUAUCCCAUAUCAAGUUAGCCCAGUACUGAGACAUUACCAACAAGAGAGCCAAGACUUGAACUGGGGCAUUGCAGAAUGACCUACCCUGUCGCCUCCUAAAGAUCGCUCCAGGACAGGGUGGAGAGACAUUCGUGGGGCAAGCUUGCACUUGCAUUACUCCAUAUGCCAGAUCCAUUCGGGGAUUAGACAGCUUCCGUCUCCAGGCCAGCCGGAUGAUUGUGCUGUGCUCGGCAGAAAUUCAGCACAAACCUACCUGGUGACUUGGUACUUUCUGGUUCAAUGAAGACAUUCUGGAAUGCAUCAUCUUGUGACAUCACAACUGCUGUGGCUUGGGUGAGUCGCAGUGGGACGUGGUGUUUGUGAUAUCACAUUUGAGGCUAUCGUCACUGAACCAGGGAAGUUGCGAGUGGAUUUCACAGAGCAAGUGCGUGGUGGAAAAGGAAGUAACGGAUGUUUGUGCUGACUAGUGGGGCCAUCCAGCACCGUGCGCUUUGCUCUGCUCCAUUGCCACUUUUAGGUUCACUUAAAAAUAGCGUAAAGCUCCAGAAGCCAGAUUUUAAAAAAUGUUAAGCACCCAGCAGCUAACACUAUUCUCAGUGGGAACUGAGCCCCUGAAAAUCUGACCUAGAUCCUCACAUAAGGCCAAAAUAAAUCUCACUUCACAAACCUGCCAUGAGUUAGCUAGCUAUGGUACUGUCCCUUUAAAUGUUUUUUUGGGCCUGGGUAUAUUUAUAUCAUUCAUGCCCCAAAACCUGGUGCCAUGCUACUGAUCAGCACUUGCCAGUUUGCGCUGCCUGUUGCCCCUUGACUAUGCACAAGUCUGCUUCUCUUUCUCCUGGCUGUCUGGUCUGCCCUGGUCUGGUUUGUUCAUUGUUCCUCAUGAUGGUUCACACUGCACAUCUAGCACCCAGUCCUGCAAGCUGGUAUAAGCCUGUAGGAGGGUGGUAGGUGCUUGGCCUUUUGACUAUUUGGAACAAGCCUUAUUGAGUGUAUAGCCAUUGGAGCUCGAACUUGGGAGCGAAUAAAGCUACGUUCAGUUCUAGCUGGGCCUGGGGGGCGAGAGUUUUGUGACCUCAUAUCGUUUACUUCUUGCCUUUUUUAAAAAUUGCAGUAUGGAUCUGCUAACUUCCUGAGAAGUUGCUGAAUGCCCUCUCUGUCCUAUAGUUCUGUAUGAGCUUCAUUCUGUUUGUAUCCCGUUCAGUGUCUCAUUACUCUUGUGUAUAAACAAUAAAGCAUUGUGAGAACCUC